GGAAGUCAGGGAGCGUUCUUUAAGAGUCGCGCUACGUGGUUGCUGGUCACACUUCGAAAGCCUAUCUUCCUGUUUCCGUGGCAUUUGGCGUUCUUUAUUUCCAUCAUCAGGGGUACUUAUGCUGUCAGUCAUAAUCGCAUAUAAGCUUCUUAUCAAGAUUCGUAAUGAUUGACAGAAAAUGUGUUAACUUUUGCUAUAAAUAUCUCGAUAAAGUCGUGCGUCUUUGCCAACAACCAAAGUUGAGCUUGAAGGCCAGUCCACCUUAUAUUUUGGAUACGAUUCCGGAUAUAUAUGAAAAGCUGCAAAGAAUAAUUGCAAAUUACGAAGAAAAUUAUGAUGUACUCUCUGAAAUAGAAUACUUCCAAAUAUAUAUUUCGACCUUGAUUGAGAAAUCCAAGCAAACUAUUAGUCUUUUUAAAAAUUCAAAAGAGAAAAUCUUCGAUAUCAACUCAGAUGCACGAUUUCGUCUGAUUAAGUUGUCGCUAGUAUAUUCACAUCUGCUAAACGAUUUAGAAGCCCUCUUCCCACAUGAUACUUUCGACUCAAAGAGUUUCCGUAUAACGAAACCUAGUGCAGCUCGAUGGUGGUUGAGCAAUUUUGGGAAUAGUGUAGUUGUUUCUUGGCAAUUAUUCAAGGAUUCGUUAAUUCAAACAUUCAGAAUAGACUCGGAUACUCAACUGCUGGCUCUCCAAACGACUAUAGACAUAACUUGUAAUGACUAUGUAUCUAUUUUUGAGUUCGAUGUAUUUACUAGACUGUUUCAACCGUGGAACAAUAUCCUGGAAACAUGGAAAGCAUUAGCCAUCCUCCAUCCGGGUUACAUGGCAUUCAUGACGUAUGAUCAAGUUAAAGGUGUUCUUAAACGCUACUGCACUCACCCUGGUCCAGGAACAUACAUUUUUCGAUUAUCGUGUACUAAACUGGGUCAGUGGGCUAUCGGAUAUAUUACACAAGAACUAAAAAUCGUACAAACUAUAAUACAAAACAAAUCCUUGGCACAAGCGUUGGUUGAUGGAGAAAGAGAGGGAUUCUAUUUAUAUCCGAACGGGAAACCCAGUCCUACCACAUUGUUGUACCAUUUAACAAACAAUCUCCUCCAAGUUCACUUACAAGUAACAAAGGAACAGUAUCAACUUUACUGUGAAAUGGGUUCAACCUUCGAAUUAUGUAAGAUUUGUGAUGAAAAUAAUAAAGAUACGCGACUCGAACCCUGUGGCCAUUUGAUUUGCAAGAACUGCUUACUUAAUUGUCAAUCUACAGGCAACGGUUUAACAUGUCCGUUUUGCCGCCUGGUAAUAAAAGGGACUGAAGAUAUUAUCGUUGAUCCUUACAAACCAUCAAGCGACUCUGGUAAACUAAGUUUCCAUCCCAGUGAGCCUGUCGUAAUUUAUGAUCAAACAGCAUUCAUUCAUGAGAUAGCUCAGAAGCCUUCAGAAUUGGCUUCGUGUUCUGUCAGUGCAUUGUGUAACAGAAAAAGUCUCACACCAGAUCCUCUAUCUGUGGGACCACCACCUAUACCACCAAGAAACUUUUAUUUGACAUCCACUAUAGAUAAUACCGUAAAUUACAACAACGAACUUCAAGCUAGUUGUCACGCUUCUUCAACAAAAUGCGGACUCGGAAUUUCCACACGUCCUGAUUUUCAUGAAAACAUCCGAUUCACAAAUUCCGACUCAUCUGUUACAAAUGAUACACUCUUACGAUCGCUUAAUGACAGUAAUGAUGAUAGAUGCUUAUGCUCUCAAGGGAACAAUUCUCUGUUACCGGCACAAGUUAUGUCCCGGAUAGAUACUAAAAGUUUCAGUCAUACAAUGGGUUUAAAUUACGCUCAGUUAGAUUUAAACAAGUCAGAUUCUGAUGAUGAAUUAGAGUUUAGUUUAGCCUUUGAUGAAAAAGACGGAAUACGAGACCAGCAAGAUGAUAUCAAUCCAUCUGCACAACAGAACAUAAGUGCAAACCUAGAUCUCAUUUGUGAAUCGCUAUCGAAUGAUAAGAACCAUACGGACCGUUCUUCAGAUAAUUUGUCUAACAAGAAUACGAUCCCCUCCGGUAUAUCACAUUGUGAUCUCACCAAAUGUCAAACAAGAUCUGUGAAUGAAAAUGUGAAAGAAUUAAUUAGUUUGCACCCUGAAAUGACUGAAGCAACAGCCAAGCUGUUACUCACUUUAACGGAAAACCGUCUACAUAUUUCACAUGAAAUAUGGAAGCACUUUAUGCCUCGUGUUUAGAGAGACGUUUCAUGUUGUCCCAUGAUAUCACCACAUCCGGUGUUGUCCAUUCCAACUUCGGCGUUUAGAUCCCCCAUUAAGAUGGUGAGGUCCUUUCUUGGGCACUUCGGUAUGAUUGAUUGCAGCCACUCAUAGAACUGAUCUUCGUUGUCGUCGUUGUUAUCAUUAGUGAGUGCAUAACGUUGGAUAACAUUCAUUGUGAUCCCCUCCUUUGUUUUGAAUGAUGCUUUGAUGAUUCUGGAUCCGUCAGAUUCUCAUCCUACAAGUGCAUUUCGUGCUUCUCUGGACAACAUUAGAGCAACUCCGAGUGUGUGGAGCAUUUUCUUCUUCGUGACCGGAGUACAGAAGCAUCUUUCCCGUAUCGAGCUUUUGCUGUUCAGCUUGAAUGCAAUGGGUUUCUUUGAUUCCGAGUACUACCAAGCUAUCUCAUCAUUUCUGUUGCUGUUUGGCUGGUCUUCUCGGUCUCCCACAUUGUCCGGACGUUCCAUGUACCUAUAAAAGUUGUUGCUCUGGUUGUAAGAACGAACAUCGGCCUCGUGACUUCGCAGAUGAUCCAGCUCUUCUAUCCCGUACACACGAACCAAUGCAGAUGAAGACAACUAGUGUAGCAACAGCUUCCGCAUCAGUAGGCCUCAACAUGUACAAAGGAAAAUGCAAGAUCCUCAAAUACAAAACGGAGAACACCAACCCAAUCCCCCUUGAUGGCGAAAUUCUGGAAGAGUUGGGGACGUUCACGUACCUGGGAAGAACCAUCGAUGAACAAGGAGGAUCGGAUGCGGACGUAAAGAACAUAUAGAACUCAAAACAACUGUCAAUCAAUAUCAAAGUCAGAAUCUUCAAUACGAACGUCAAGACAGUCCCACUAAAAGGUGAAACGUGGAGAACUAAUACAACUAUCAUCAAGAAGGUACAAGUAUUUAUAAAUAGUUGUCUACGCAGGAUACUCAACAUCUAUUGGCCGGAUGCCAUCAGGAACAGCGUACCCUGGGAGAGAACAAACCAGCUUCCAACUGACGAGGAAAAGAUGUUGGGAAUGGAUAGGACAUACAUUACGCAAAUCAUCAAGCUGCAUCACGAAGCAAGCACUAACAUGGAGUCCUAAAGGAAGACGGAAAAGAGGAAGGUCGAAGAACACACUGCGUCGGGGAUUGGAAACAUACGUAAAAGGGAUGAAUAGCAACUAGAAAGAACUGGAAAGGAUUGCCCAGGACAAAGUUGGAUGGAGAAUGCUGGUGGGUGGCCUAUACUCCUCUACGAGGAGUAACAGGCGUAAAUAGUAAUUGUAGAAUCGCAAGAAUAUUAUGUGCACACAAAUAUAUUAUUUUAUUUAUAAAAAUCUACUCAAUGUAUUCGAAAUUAUCUUGUCAAAUCUUGGUAGUGAUACUAUAAGUGACUUGAAAUUACCCGAGAACAUAAACAAUACUUGAAGUAUUCAAGAAGAAGAAGAC